GUGAAUGGAGGGUCGGAGUCGCUCACUGGAACUUUGUUUUCUUUCUUUGAGAUCAAAACUCCUAAAAAAGAAAGCCAUUUUAACGAGUUAAAAUCCUUACUGGAAAUGGGAGAACUCACCGCCAAACAGUCGCUUCUCCUUUUCGUUUUCCUUUUUCUUCACUCUCUCCUCUUUGAUUUCGCUUUCUCUGAAAUUUUCUUCGAAGAACGCUUCGAAGAUGGGUGGAAGAGCAGAUGGGUGUUAUCAGAUUGGAAGAGAAGUGAGGGAAAAGCCGGUACCUUUAAACACACGGCCGGCAAAUGGUCCGGUGAUCCUGAUGAUAAAGGUAUUCAGACAUAUAAUGAUGCCAAACAUUAUACUAUCUCUGCUAAGAUACCAGAGUUCAGCAACAAGAACAGAACUCUAGUGGUUCAGUAUUCUAUUAAGUUUGAACAAGACAUUGAAUGUGGUGGUGGUUACAUUAAGCUUCUCUCUGGUUAUGUAAACCAGAAGAAAUUUGGUGGCGACACUCCUUACAGUUUGAUGUUUGGACCAGAUAUUUGUGGCUCGCAAACCAAAAAGCUCCAUCUUAUACUAUCCUACCAGGGACAGAAUUAUCCUAUUAAAAAGGAUUUAGAAUGUGAAACAGACAAGCUCACUCACUUUUAUACAUUUAUUCUAAGGCCUGAUGCCUCUUAUAGCAUCCUAGUUGAUAAUAGAGAGAGAGAAUCUGGAAGCAUGUAUACUGAUUGGGAUAUCCUUCCUCCACGGAAAAUCAAGGAUUUUAAAGCCAAAAAGCCUGUAGACUGGGAUGAUAGAGAAUACAUUGACGAUCCUAAUGAUGUUAAACCUGAGGGAUAUGAUUCAAUUCCUGCUGAGAUUCCAGAUCCAAAGGCAAAAGAGCCUGAUGACUGGGACGACGAAGAGGAUGGUAUUUGGAAGCCACCUAAGAUCCCAAAUCCAGCAUACAAAGGACCGUGGAAGCGUAAGAAAAUCAAGAAUCCCAACUACAAGGGAAAGUGGAAGACUCCAUGGAUUGAUAACCCAGAGUUUGAAGAUGAUCCAGAUCUUUAUGUGCUGAAACCAAUAAAAUAUGUGGGUAUUGAAGUCUGGCAGGUAAAGGCUGGUUCAGUUUUUGACAACGUAUUGAUUGGUGAUGACCCACUCUAUGCAAGACAAGUUGUAGAAGAUAUGUUGGCCAAGAAUAGGGGGGCUGAAAAGGAGGCCUUUGAAGAAGCAGAGAAAGAAAGAAGAGCUCGGGAAGAGGAGGAAGCUAAAAGGGCUAGAAAGGAGGGUGAAAGGAGGAGAAAAGAGAGGGACCACCGAUAUGGAGACAGGAUGAAGUACCGAAGAAGGCAUGAUCACCGCGAUUAUCUGGAUGAUUACCAUGAUGAACUAUGAGGGUUCUUGCCUGCUAUUUCAAGAAUUUUAAGAUUCACUUAAAUAAGGAAAAAGAAAAAAUAGAAGCAAGCUGCCACCUUGAGAGAGGUACCAUUUUUAUCUUUGUCCGAAGCAUGUCCAGUCUCACUUAUUGUUGUUGUUGUUGUUGUUGUAAAACAUUAUUGUUGUACUAAUAAGAAUCCCUAAGCUGAAACUACUAAUUCAAAUGUAUGGAUGCUUAAUUUUGCUGAAAAAUUGUGGAGCUUGAAGAAGCAUGCAGUUAUUCUUAUACUUUGCAUCAGCAUUCAACUUAUAAAUAGUAG